AUGGCGCCAGUAAGGAAUAUAAAAUGCAGCGUUCAGCUGUCACCAAAAUUAUUAGUGUGUCAUGAUGAUGAUCUUACAAGAAUUACUUUAAAACCAUCCGGUUAUGUUUACAGAACGCAGAAUCAAAAUGAUAAUAGUCCAAUCAACUUCGCAUGUCGCAAUCAGAAUGAUGAUAAGUCAACGGGAUUAAGGAACGAUGGUCUAGGCACACUCUUCCAGUACUUAUAG